GACGUUUGUGUGGCAUUUUGAAAAGCCUUGUCUCUUCUAUCGGGUCGCUUUUGUUAUCGCGCGCCUAUGUUGCUGUGACUUCCUACUUCGUGAAUACAUGUAACGAGAAUCCCUCGUCGACGAGCAUCCUGGAGAUAUGGAAGAAACAUGUCUGGACGAGGGACCUGCGGUAAAUUUCGAAAGGGCUACCCUAGAAAUCGCCAAUACCGACCCUAUCAGACCAUCGACCGAGAAUGCGGAAGACGCGAGAAAGCGGAAUUCGGCCUCUAAAAAUAUAGUCAAUGUGCCAUUCAGGCACAUAGAGGUUCAUACAUUUUUCACUGACAGGAACGAGGUCGUGGAGAGAGCGAUAAGCGACUGCACCGAGAAACUGAUAAAGCAAAACAAUGACGAAUUCGUAGGAAGUUGGCUUCUGACAGAGAUAAGUCUGUGGGACACGGAAAAGGAAAGGCUCGUACUAUUAACGACGAAAGCCCUGUACUCUGUAAAGUAUGACUUUAUUUCGCUAAAGAUACUCGACUUUAAUCGAGUGCCUAUAUUUCUACUUGACACAAUAGUUACAGGGGAUUUGAUUUAUCCAACUUCGUCUUUUGCACCACGAUUAAGCGGAUUAGCAGAAGGCGUGUCUUCUGUAAUUCACUGUGCUGUCCGUCAGGAAUGGUCAUCUAUUGCAGGUUGCUCUAAUCUUUCUCAAUUUGAGCCUAGAAAGCGACAUAUGUUGGGAAUAAGGCUUAUGUGGAACAGAGGACAGCCUUUGUCUUUUAUAAAAAAGUGGAAUCCAUUUACGAGAGAUAUACCUUGGCUUACGUAUGCUAGUCAUCCACUGUUUUGGUAUAAAGAUGGAACCGAGAUUGUUAAAACGAGAUUUGACAUAGAAGCCUUCGAUACUAUGCUCAAAAGUUUACUACCUCGUGAAUGCAACAUUGUUAAUAUGCCAAUCAUUAUAGAGAAUUAUUGCGGUCUUGGUGCCUUAGUGCACAAUAGAAACGGCUUGGGUUUCUUUAAAGUGCGUGGAAAAGUCAGUUUCUAAUUUCUAUGAUCUCAUAGAAUUACAAAUAUGUUGCAAGAUA